AGUUAAUUGAUAAAUAAGAACAUUAAUGGUAUUAGUUUGAAAGCAUCCUCACAAUACUUUAAGUCCCUAAAACUUGCAGAUUCUUUUGUAUAUAAACUAGUUUAUCAUGUAUAAUAUACAGAAUAUAUUUCCCUAGUGUCUGCACCAUAGAUUUACACAUUGCAAUAAUAAUAAUAAUACAUACAUAUGACAGCAGGUGUCAUAUAUACAGGUUUACAGUACAGUGCACUUGAAUAUUAUACACUUUAAUACAGUAAUUUAGUGCAGUUGUCUGGAUCUUAUGGAGGCUUUGAGUCUUUAUGAUCUGCACGCUUGAAGGAAUUGUAGGAGACGUUGCGUUCCUGGACUGUCGAAAAUUCCAGCACUCCGACCUGGUAAAAAAUAUUUCAACUCACAACUAUGACGAGAAAACUUCUCGACCCAUUUUUUCUAAAUAUUCAGUCAUUCAAAAAAACAUUAGUAGUACUAAACAUUUAGUACAAAGUACUAGAAGCUAUCUAGACUACUGCGUGUUCUUAUUCUCUCCUGGUCGAAGGCUCGAACCGCGAACGACACCGAGUGCGUUCUGUUUCCAUGGAGACGGACGAAGCACAGGCGCGCGCGCUGCAGAGGACUUGCUAAAGUGACCCUUACGACCCCCUUGCAAUGACGUCCAAGUCCCCCUGUCCUCCAGAGUCCAACCUCAGGGGCCCCGACGCCUGCAGGAAUAUGAGGAGGAUCAUUGCUGAAGAUCCACUCUGGUCCCUGGCGAUAGUGCCCAGUCUGUCGGACCUCUGCCUGCAAAGCAUUGUGGGACACUUUGAGGGAAACCCCAUAUUUGAACAACUAACGCCCGUCCAGAAGGACUUCAUCCAGGAGAGCCUGUCCCCGUCCCUGCCCCUGAGCGUGACGGCCAACUUGAUCGGCGACGGCGUCUACUGGCGGCGGUGCUGCGAGCAGCGGUGGGAUCUCUGCGACGUCUCGAAUUAUGGCCACAGCUGGAAGCGAAUGUUCCUGGAGAGGCGCCUGCAGGGCAUCAUUGAGCUCUUCAUGCCAGACGUGACGGAUCCCAAGACGGUCCUGGAGAUGGUCCCGCACUGUAGGAACCACGUCAAGAGGCUGGAUAUUUCCCAGCUGCUGCCUCCCCUCAAGGAGGAAGUGGAAUAUGGCUCAGAGUUGACAAUUGACAAUGAGUACGACGGAGUCUCCAUGGACCACUUUGACUUUGGCAUCUUGCUUGACAAGCUGACCGGCCUGGAAGAGCUCCAUUUGGUGUACAGAGUCCAACAGUGUGGUCUGAACUUUGAAUGGAAGAUGUUUGAGAUGACCGCCCGAGAUUGUGAGUCCCUCGCCAAGGCCCUCAAAUCCUGUAAAACUUUGAAGCUUCUGAGGCUCCAUCAGAGCCACAUUGAGGACAUCAAGUGCCGGAUGCUGGUGAAGCACCUCUUGGACCACCCGUCCCUGAGGGAGCUCGACUUCUCGCACAACCUGAUCGGAGACAGAGGAGCCAGAGCGAUCGGCAAGCUGCUCACCAGGAGCAAACUGAAGACCCUGAACCUGUGCGACAAUAACAUCACCGACCCGGGGGCCAAAGCCAUAGCUCAUGCCUUGUCCAAGAACUCCACCCUUUUGUCCCUCAACCUGCGUCUCAACCGUCUGAGAGAUGAGGGGGGUCAGGCCCUAGGUGAGGCCUUGCUGAGCAACAACACCCUCCGUCACCUGCACUUAGGAGGCAACGAGGUGACGGGGCCCACUGCCAUUGCUCUGUCUAAAGUGCUGGUUCAGAAUAGCACCCUGAAGAGCAUCAAUCUCUCCUGCAACAACCUGGGUGAGGAUGGAGGUAAAGCUUUGGAAGAGGCGAUGUCUCACAAAACCAGUAUAACAGAAUGUGAUCUCCGCCUGACCGAGGUUGACGAGCAGAUUGUGUCCUUCAUCAACCAGAUGGUUUGGGCCAACCAGAGUUUAGAGCGAAAGCAACAAGCUCAAGACAAGAAACCUUCAGUAGACCCCAGCAGCCCCUCUUCAUAAUACAAACCAGUCCUUAUAAAUCAUUGAUUUUCUAAUCCUGUGUAUUCAUUUAAAAUCACUUUAUGCCAACACCUUACCUCGAACCAAGGGCCAUAGUUAGAUUUAACCAAAUUUAACAUAAAUAUAAAAGGUCAAUCUUUCUAACACGUAGAUUCUAAUAUUUAGUCGGGCUCCUCUGGUAUUCAAAAAUAUUUUAAAUUAUUACACUCCAGUGAGCCACACUGUUGCACCGGAUGACGUAUUUAACAUGAACAUGGGUUAUUGGUUGUGGACUUUUCAUAGGAUUUGCUGACCAAAACAAUAAUAGCAUCGGCCUAAUCCCUUUGUAAGCAUUUAUUUUUUUAUUUUUCAGGCUUGUAGUGGAAGCAUAACUUUACAUAAAAGAGUCCCUAAAUUGUCAAUUUUGUGUCACAACAUAAACCAUUAAACCACUUUGCAAAUUG